UUGCUGGCGAAGUACAGAGAGUGAGCGGUGACAGUGGAGAAUGGAGAGGGUUGCUGAUCGCAGGGGAGUUUUGAUCGAAGGAAAGGCCACUGAAGUUGAUUUUCACUCACUGAAGUGCAUCUACUGAAACUGGAGAAACACAGGGGCGAAAAGGAAUGGCUGAUCCUCUGCGGAGGACAUUAUUAGCUAAACUUCGGGGGAAGAAAUCCAAGAAAGGGACGACAGCUGGUGGAUGCGGCGUUGCAGCUAAUGGGGGCAGAGAAGGUAAAGACAAAGUUUUGCAAAAGCAAGACGAGCGAACGCAGCAAGCAAUACUUAUCGCUGAGUUAAAUGCUUUGCCAUACACUCUGAGUGGUAACGAUAGUUGUUUUAUGGAGAGAUUUGACAACGGGGAGAUAGGUUUAGUACGCGAGAAUACAGUUGUUGAGAAUGCAUUUCCACAGUGUGAGGCUUCCAUGCACAUAAACAGUAGACGGGGGAACAUCCAGUUCACUGAGGACUUGGGGCUUAGGGGUCGAGUUAAUGAGGAACUCUUGGGGGUCUCAGUUCAAAGAGAAACGCAGGAAAGAGGGGGCGACAGUGACGAGAUGAGCAGUUUUAAUAAGCAAGAGCUCAGUUUCACCAGACAAGUGCGACCUGGGUCAUUUGGGAGAUCACAAGAGCAGAAAAAACACCCUGUCCCCAUUCCGCGACAGCAUUCAGGGGGAGACUCGAUAGGAUUUGGGCUGUGUGAAAAUCAUGCUUUAAACUACAGAAAGGUCUGUGCUGAUAUGGGUGCGCAUAAAUUGGCAGAUGGUCAGUAUCCAGUUUCAAAGAAUAAUGGAACAAAUGUUGGCUGUGAAAAAGAUCUAAAGAUCCGCUGUGACGUGACGGAUUUCUGUUUACAAUCUGAACAUAACCUACAAUUCAUGGAAACCUUUAGAGACUUAAAAGAUGCCAAUUUGCAAACAGACCGCAAACGAAUAUUGGAAACAAAUGCUGUCACAAAUGGGAUACAAAUGCAUCAGUUUGGUUCACCCUAUUUGUAUCAUCAGCUUGAUACUCGCAACGCAGAGGAAAAUAUUUUGAUAAGAAACAUAGAAAGUUAUGAGAGUUCGCCGGGUCAUACAAGAGAGUACAAAGUCAGUAAUUUACAAAGUCCAACAUUUUUCCCCACGGAGUUAGAAAUAUGUGACGUAAACGUGGCCACUAGUUUUGUAGGCGUUAGAGAGGGAACACAGCGCCACAAUUCAUUAGACAGCGAAGACGACGAUUAUUAUGAUAAUGAAAUCCUCCCGUUUUAUGAAUCUGAAUCACAUAACCUUGAAGUUAAUGUAAGAAAAACCUCUGGUCAAGUUGAUAGCCCAACUUCGACGCAUCUAGAAAUUCAAGACAGUGUAAAAACCAGAAUAAAUGAGAGUGCCCUUGAAACGGACAGAUUGAGAACCCAGCUAAAAGAGGCCUAUUAUUUGCUGAUAAAUGCAAUGCAUGAUAUCAGUUUUGAUAGUCAGGUUAAUGUCAACGGAUUUCUCGACCCAAUGAGUACUUCCAGUCACUCUCAGGACAGUGUCUGCUCGCAGUCCUCUGCCAAGGUCAUAGAUAGUGAUGCAUGGUCCUCUGAAGAAAACAGUCCCCAACAGGUGUCCGACACAGAUGCGGUGCCACUGAAUCACAGCGGAAACCGCGAACUACGUGCCAAGAACCUUCUAAUUAGCAAGAGCGUUGAAAACCUAUCGGCCACGAAGACAAGGCCAAGCUUAAAACGUUCGGUUAGUGAUGGAGCGAUGAAGUACUACAAAGAUCACUCCUUAGGCGUCAGAAACCUCGGUUCCCGACGUCAUGUCGUCGGCCACAUUGGGGAUGACUUGAACAAGGUAUCUGGAGUCGACAACAACGAGAAACGGCUUACAUAUGAUGGCAUGAGCAGUGACGAUUUGCUUCAAGACAACGGAGAUGAAGGGCUGCUGAACGAAAGCAGUGGUUCGGUCAGUAGUCUGACCGGUUCAUCCGAUAACGCAGAAACUCAGGGCAACAAACAAGAUUUUUGCGGGGCACAGAGAGUCUCUGCGAGGCCCCAUGGGGUGACAGUCAACAAAAUGCAAGAGUGGAUGCACAAAGGACGCAUGCUGUCCUCAGAAAUGAAGCAGCGCAUCACGGGGUCCGCGCUCCGUGCCCACGGCCAGUCUAGUUUACGGUCUGGCCACGGGGUUUCGAACAGGACAAAAGCAGCGACCCAGAUGACCAGAGUUCAAGGAAGCAAAAGCGUGGCUCCCUGCGGAGGAGCUCAGCAGUCAGCCCUGAUUGAAAAUGUCCACAGCUCCAUCACAACUACCAGAGAGGUGAGAGUUAGCAAGUUUAAUGAGUCCCGACCCCCUCUCAACACCAUCACUGUCUCUAAGAAGCGCAAUUGGCUUCAGCAGAGCUCAGGGAAGGGCCACGCCCCUGAGGAUGGCCUGGUUACCGUGGGAACAGUGGAAGACCAGGGUCAGGUGUCUAGCCCCCCCAGCCCUUCUGCUGAAGGCCACAAGCCUGUACCCCCCUUCGCCCCAACUGGCCCCUGCAAGCCCCCUCGUCUGCACCUGUCUCACACCUCCGUGAGCCACACCAGGAGUGCCGCCCAGCCCAGGGCUGUGGACCCGGCCGAGGAGAAUGAUGCAGACGACGAAGGAGAGAUCUGGUACAACCCCAUCCCCGAGGACGAGGAGCCGGAGCCACCCCACAGCAGCAGGCUGCAGGUCACCCCUGCGACUGCGCACCUGGCCCCCCAGAGGAAAACGAGCAGCCAGGACUUGGGGCGGGCUCCGGGGGUGUCUUCCACCGGUCUGGAGGGUGUUGGGGAAUGUCAGGGCGGUCCAUGCAAUGAGGCAAGUCAUGCGAAUACCACACAUUCCAUGGACCCCGUACAGCUGCCCAGGCAGAUGUUUGCGUGCAAGCCUACAGAGGAGAAUGCAGCACCCAGGGCUACAGUGCCAGAUUGCCCUGAAUUGUCAAACCCUGGCUUUUCACCUCCCUCCAGCCCCAACCCCCUGAAAAAGGGAAGUGCCAUUAACUGGUCCUUUCCAGACAAGAUCAAGUCUCCCCGCACUGUGAGGAAGCUGUCUAUGAAGAUGAAGAAGUUACCGGAGCUAAGCAGGAAGCUGAGUGUGAAAGGGACACCCAGUAGCAAUACUAGCCAGCCAGAGCCACGGCCUUCCUCUCCUAAAAAUCAGGGUGGGGUAGAGCGUGGCCAAGGCCCUCCCAGCCUUUCCUCUGGGGGCAGCCAGACAGCAGCCAGCAGAAAUGUCAUCUCACGUUACCACCUAGACAGCAGUGUUUCCACCCAGCAUAGCUACAGCAAGAAGAAGAACAGUGGGAGCUCCAAGUCCGCCAGUAAAGGGGGCUACCUCAGUGACGGUGACUCCCCUGAGCUGGUGGCCAAGUCGGGAAAGCACGGCUCCGAGAGCAAGGCAGGAAAGGGCAAGGAGUCAUUGGCCGGCUGCAGCCCCAAGCUGCAUGGCACUGAGCUGGACAUUGACGCUUUCCGACACUACAGCUUCAUGGAGCAGCCCAAGUGCGCUCAGUACAUCUCAGGCCUCAUGAGCCUGCACUUCUAUGGGGCGGAGGACCUGAAGCCCCCACGCAUCGACUCACGGGACGUCUACUGCGCCAUUCAGGUGGACUCUGUCAACAAGGCCCGCACAGCCCUGCUCACCUGCAGAACUACCUUCCUGGACAUGGACCACACCUUCAACAUCGAGCUGGAGAACGCCCAGCACCUGAAACUGGUGGUGUUCAGCUGGGAGCCCACACCACGUAAGAACCGUGUCUGCUGCCAUGGCACGGUAGUUCUGCCCACACUCUUCAGGGUCACCAAGACGCACCAGCUGGCUGUCAAGCUGGAGCCCCGGGGCAUGAUCUAUGUCAAGCUGAACCUCAUGGACCAGUGGCAGAACUCGCUCGAUGGGCCGGACACGGAGCGGGACCCCCAGGUGUUCGGGGUAGAGGCCUGGAAGGUGGUGGAGCGGGAGAAUGUCGGGCUGAUGGUGCCUCUGCUCAUUGAGAAAUGCAUCACAGAGAUCGAGAGGCGGGGUUGUCAGGUGGUGGGGCUGUACCGUCUCUGCGGCUCGGCAGCGGUCAAGAAAGAGCUGAGGGAGGCCUUUGAGAGGGACAGUCGUGUCGUUGAGCUCUCUGAGAGCCAGUACCCUGAUAUCAACGUGAUUACAGGCGUCUUGAAGGACUACCUGCGGGAGUUGCCCUCUCCCCUGAUAACUAAGCAGCUGUACGAGGCCGUUCUGGACUCCAUGGCUAAGAGGCCCCUGCGCAUUGGCGCCAAGGGGUGCGAGAAUGACCCUGCAGACUCUGAGCACACCGUCAGCCUCCUUGAGAUCCUCCCGGAGGUGGAGAAGGUUACCUUGCGGAAGCUGCUGGACCAUCUGAAGCUGGUCGCCUCCCACCACGAGGUGAACAAAAUGACAUGUCAGAACCUGGCUGUCUGCUUUGGACCAGUAUUGCUGAGCCAGCGCCAGGAGGCUUCCUGCCACAGCAAUCGGGUCUUCAUCGACUCUGAGGAGCUGGCCAGCGCCCUGCACUUCAAGAAGCACAUUGAGGUGCUGCACUACCUCCUGCAGCUUUGGCCAGUGGUGGACACCCAAGGCAAGACCUCUACCCCUGUGAAGGAGCCCCCAGCAGAACUAUCUCCGGCCGCCCCUCAAUACCUGCGCAGGAGGAGGGAGCGUCCCCAGAUUUUGAAUCUGAGUGAGGCAGAGAUGGCAGGAGUUCUGCGCCCCAAACCCGGGAGACUGGACAGCCCCAGCAACCGUUACGCCGGGGACUGGAGCUGCUGUGGGGAGAGCUACUUCCAGCCCCUGAAGGAGAGCACCAGUGAGGAUGCCGACUAUGACGACGUGCCAUCGGAGGACACUGAGAGCGCAGAGGAGGGGCUGGAAAGGCAGGAGCAGGAGACCCAGGCGCUGGAGGAGAAGGACACACCGGAGGAGGUGGAGGGGGAGCCGGAGGAGACUGGCCAGCCUGAGGAAUCCACCAAUCACAUUUUGUCAACCCAGGAGCACCUAGCCAAAGAGCACACCUAUCAGGCCUAUAUGAAAAUCCAGGAGAUCAGCCCAGUUCUGAGCAACAGAGUCAACCUCAAGGACCUGCAGGAGAGCAUUGACACUUUGAUCGGGAACUUGGAGAGGGAGCUGAAUAAGAACAAGUUCAACGUAGGCUACUGACUGAAUGAACAAGCUAAGAAAUGAGCUAUAAUAAGCACAGGUGUGGGACUCAGGCCUGGCUGGGGCCACACUGCUGCCAGCUGCACGCUUCUAUACUAUUGUGAGACUGGCAUUUCUCUCUCGCCCGUCUCUGUGAGUUUCCCUACCUGCCAUAGGCAUUCCUUCAAUGUUUUCCGGUGACUGUUUAGGGUGUCGUUUGGUUUUGUUCGGUUUGUUUGUUUUUCUUCUUAUUAGAAGAAUCCAUUGACCCCAAGGGGUGUAAAAGGUGCCUUAAUUGUGUAAAGGUGGUACACGUGGCAGUGGAGAGCUUUUGAGGUACAUGUAUGUUAUGUAAACCAAUGCACUUAUGAAGCUGGGAGAGCUUGGGCAAGCAGAUGCAGGCUGUGGACUGAACUGUGGUGAACACCAGUGGCUAACAAACCCUCCCCCAGCAUGCUUGAGGCAUUGCAGGGGCCUGAGUGGUGGUUCUCGUGCAGGAAGAGCCUGAGGUAGACAGUUAUCAAUAAAUUAAUUUGUCAAUUCAAAGGAACUAUACAGUGAUAAAUAAUUAUGAGAUGUGAUAAAUGUUCAUUAGGUGCUAAACAUAUUGUGCUUCUUCUAAGCAUAAAUGGUACGUGUUGUAUCAUAUUGGAAAAAAUGGUUUCUCUGUCACUGUGUACAUGCAAAGAUUUUUAUGUUCUAUUUUUGUAACCCCUUAUCUAUAUAUAUUUUUUUCUUUGAUUAAAUGUGGACACAAGCAGCUUUUAUGAUGCACAGAGUGGCAAAAGCCAACUAUCAGAGAGACUUAAUUGCCUGGCAACCCACUGUUCAUAGAAGCAGUCAUUAUAGUGGAGACUUCACAUCCUAUGACAGAACAUUGGUUACUUAAUAAUUUAAUAAAAUUCAACUAUCCAGGGAUCCAGAAUUAUCAGUAUUUAACAAGCACGCGCGUGCGCACACGCACGCACACAUACACACGCACGCACACACACACACACACACACACACACACAUAUAAAUUGUAUUUGCAGUAUAUUUUAUUCGUCAGCUUAUUUUUCCAUAUUGAUAUUUAAAUGUUCUCAAUUACCUUUUAGUAUUGUUGACAUAUAGUAACAAUCUCAUAUAAUGGAUUGCUUUGUCCUCAA